GGACAUAACCACUUCACCAAUUGGGCAGCCUUCUAGAGGAAAUUUCUUGAUAGAUUUGAUCACAUCGCACCAGGUCAAUGCCUCCGUUUAAUAAAGGAAUACACGCAGCAGCCUCGGGAGACCUUGGCUAGAUAUGCUGAACGUUUUACGUACUUAGCCGAACGCUCCGGGGUGGACGAGAAAAUGGUACGGACUGAUUUCGUAAGAGGAUUGUCAGAUUCUCGCUUGCGGAAUAAGAUCCGCAAGAAAUGCAACCCUAUAGAACAUACCCCGACGGAGCUAAUUCAGUACGCAAUUAAGUACGGGAAAGAAAAUUACGAUGUAGGCAUGGACUCGGAAUCCGACGACGACGACCCUUCGGGUGUUCGACGCAAUAGCUACUCUGCUAUGACACGAAUGUUCGAAGAUCGCUUCGGGUUGGGUCCGACAAAAAAAGACUCGGAUCGGAAAGCUUCUUCCUCGGCUUCGACCUCCCAUCGCUCUAGUCAAGCACAAGGAGGCUGGGGUGAGGGAGAAGUGUCCAUAAAAGAGGUCGCGGCCCAAUUAGUUACGGUAGUGGCCCCGCUGACGGAGUUUGUUCAGGGCCUGCAGCGGCAACGCCUAGCCGCCGCACAACGGCAACAAGCGGCUAUGGCCGCCGGGGCCCCUAUGAUAAAACUGGCCGUGGCCGGGGCUGUCCCGCCCCUACGCUGUUAUAACUGUAAUCAGCCAUGUCACCUUGCGAAAGAUUGUCCGAAACCUCGAACUCAGGGGGGCCCCACUGGGCCUUCCCAAAUCCCGUUGGCUGCUCCAACCACUGCAGGACAGGGGAAGGUGGACACGGUGAUGGAUACCGGGGCAACGGAGAUGGUGACCCUUGCGGCCACCGAGAUAGGGCCCGAUGAAUACAUGGCUGCGGCGAUGUUCGAACCCUGGACCAUCGGAGUGAUACGUUACGUCCAACGGAUUACCGAGGAAAGCGACCUCGGGCCGUGGCGACCAGGGUUCGAAGACCUUGCGGCACCUGGUCCUGAAUACAAGGAUGGCCAUAUCGAYGUAUUGGAUGCCUUGAAGGCUCUGGAUCUUCGGAUCCCCGUCCCUAUUCCMUAUCUGCUAACCAUUUCCGAAGCGGCUAACGAAAAGUUGAUCGAACGAUGCCUCAAAAACGGGCGCCGAUUCGAGGAAAGUCGAAAGGGYAAAAAGUCGGUCCUACGGGACCUGCCCACAAACGAGGAGUCGCAGCCCUCGACCUCGAAGGUGCACGAAGCCGACCGGAUAGGAAUGAUCCAGACCGUAGAAUCUGCCUCGGAAAAACCCGAGUUGCGGUACGACAUUCAGCAGGUGAACGUGCCGGCGCCCGGGGUUGUGGAUUUGGCGGCGUACUCGUUGCUUUGCGAUCGGCUGACGUAUGCGGGGGUGUACGUGGACGUGACACAAUUGCCUGGCCGGGAGACGACCCGAGUAUUCAUUGAGUUCUGCAUGCUCCAGGUGGCACCCAAUUUCGUGCACAACGUCGCCACCUUCAUCGGAGACUUGACGAUCCUACCGCAGCCGAAUCGGGAGCCGGCGCGCAGCUUUGUGCGCGAAUACGCGGUGGAAGCGGCCAGAUCAGUGGCCAAAUUGCAAGGACGGGGGGGACACCGAUUCACAGCCCACAAGGUGCUGCUGCGUAGGGCAGAGGACGGACCGAUUGCGUUGGUGCCGCAGCUCCCCGCGCUUCUCCCUCCCGCUGCUCCUCUCAACUUCCAAGCUAUUCCCCCUCUAACUGACGUGGAGCCGCUGCCUUUCCUCGACGAAGACGCGUGGGAGUUGCACCGGGCGCUGUACAAGUCGGUGACGUUGGGGAUGUUCCGUUUUUUUGUGGAGCACGAAGACCACUGCAUCGGGGAGCACUUUGUCGUCUACUACGUCAUCACGCGGCCCAAGCCAGCAGAGAAGGAAGGGACGGUCGCGUUGUACCCAUUCGCCCAGCUCCAGACGAUCGAUCCGGGAUUGUUGGAGCUCAUACACCUUGAGCUCCUCUCCAUUGCGCAAGUGAUCGCGAGCGAGGAGGAGGAGAUCCAACCGCGAUUGCGGAUGGCGACGGCCCCACGGAGAACGUACAACGUGGUCGUCAUCCCGGAUUACAUUGCGCAGCGUGCGGAGAGAUUGGAGGACUUCGCGGAGGAAAGGCCGUUGCGGCCUCCCUCGUCAUAUCCCCGACCAGCGCCACCGAAGGCCCCCAAGAAGACGCCGAAGAGGAAGAGACACCACCCAUCGCCAGGGGCGCAAGGCAGCAGGAUUGGCGGCGGCGAGGAGGUGAUUCAGUCCGCACGACCGCGGAAUCCGGACCCCGUGCCUGGGAGUGUGGCGACGCUUGUUAAGGAGGCUGUCGUGCCAUCGCCGCCCGUUUCGCGUGUGCUCGAUCUCAACCUUGAUGGAGCCGGGUCAUCAUCAUCAGCAGCAACCGGAGGUGGAAGCCGAAUGGGAUUACCGGAUCCCAUAUCCAGACCCCCCGUCCUCGCGGGACCUCUCCAUUCCCGCCAGCCACCCCGGGGUGCCCCGGUGUGGCAUACUGCGUAGCCACACGGGCCCUACAGGGCCCGUCCCAGACAGUCAGCCUAAAAGCCUAAAACUU